AACCCAUCCAAGUCCCUCUGCCAGUCAAUAGGGGGGUACUGAGUGGGAGACCACCCCUAAACCUCAGAUGCCAGAAGCACUCCAUAGUCCCCAACCCUCCCCUGGCUACUCCCCCUACGUUGGCUCUGUGGUGGUAAUUUUAUUACAAACCCCAGCAGAGACGAGGUGAAGACUCUAUGAAGCGGUAGCAUCCAGCAUAAGGAGCUGUCAAUCACAUGUAUCAAGAAUACUCCUAGAAUCACCUAGAAGACUGCUGCUGGCCUGGAAACAAAGUGGAAAUUGAAGGCCACAAUAUGGCGUCCCAGAUCCCAGCACUCCAACAACCCGACACUCCAAGGACUGACAGCGUCUUUUCUGUUCUGUCUGGCUUUUACUCUCUGGACUCCAAUGUUCCUGGGCUCUCUAAGGUGAUUCUCAACAAGCUCAACAUGAAGGAUUACGGAGAAUACAGGGCUGCCGUCGAGGGAAAGGCUAAAGGAAUCUCGUUCCGCAACUACAAGGAGAUGUUCAAGAGGAUGGAGGAGACCUUUGAGUUCUGCACCAGCUGCAACAAACUCCCAGUGCAUCUCACCGACGGCCAGACCCUGAAACGCUGUGUGAAGUGCAUGAAUGUGUACUACUGCACCAAAGACUGUCAGAGAAAGGACUGGCCUCAGCAUAAAAAGGUCUGCAAAUUGCUGCGCCUGGUGGCCAUUGACAGACUAGUGGAGUGGCUGAUGUUCACUGGAGAUCUCCCAUUCCCCACUGAGAAGUGGUCUAAGUCGACUGCUGAAGUGAAAAACUGGGACGACUGGCUUCCCAUGCAGGGUGACCUAACGCCGCGUCUGGACGCCAUCUUGUCUGGUGCCAACAUGACAACCCUUUGGAAGAACGCCAGCAGGCCAAGGCCGGAUGACUCUGACCUGCAACAGUCUUUAUGGCGGAUUCAGAGCGAGUUCCUCUCUCGAAUUCUCACAGUUGGGAUGGCCAUGCAACACUUUCACCUUGACCCGCACGCUAAACCGCUAACUAUUCACAUAGCAGGCGCAUCUCAUAAUGAGACCAUGGGAGCCAGACUGACAGACUAUGAUGAGCUAAACAAAAUGUUCCCGGGACAUCAGGGCAUCGAGAUAGUCAUGGUGGGACCAGAGGUGGUGGACGGCCCCAUUGUGAGGCCUCCUCUCAGGGCGUUUGGCCCCAGGCAGAGGGUCUACAUCAGCGCCUACAAGGGCCUCUACCACCAAUUUUGGGAGGAGCUGGUGGAGAAAGAGCAAGCAGCCAAGCCAGACCUGGUGGUUGGAUUUCAUCCUGGGUUCCACGCCAACCAGGGUCUGGUAGAAGGUUGGCUGCCCACCCUCCUGCUACUCCGAGAUUAUACCAUCCCUUCAUUCUUCACUAUGUACAGUGAGAUGGAGCUCAAGCGCUCACUCCAGAUCUUGUUGGAGUUGGAGAUGCACAUCAGGGACAGUGGACCCAAUCCAUUCACCUCACAGAAGCCAGAGCAGGUCCAGUCCACUCCCAACAAAACCCCAGUCUACUGCAACUCUCACUACAUCUGUUUCCAGGGACUGCUGCUGCGUCAAGAAGACUUAGAGGAGCCUGGGCUAGACAAUGAGAGGCCCUCAUAAGGAAAAUCAAAGCCUGUUUGGAGUGUCCUCUCCUUUAAUGUGUGGGUUUCAAAAUAGGACUUUGGGGACUUCCCGAGGUCUUUGGGGGGCUUCCUACAGCCUUUUAGAGAUGGAUAUUGCUCAGCUGUGCAGCCACUUGGCAGAUAUGAAUGCUGAAUAUGGGGCAGAGAGCAUGAAAGCGAGAAAACCCCUCACCGCUGCACUAAACACCCUUAAUUGGUGAGACAGAUUACAGAAAACACUCAAAGCUCAUUAUGUAGUAUGAUGGCACCUGAGGGCAUCAGCGGGGUACAAAGGUGUGUACUCUGUGCCCCGGAGGUAGCAUGGUAGUUGGAUAUAAAGGGUCAUAGAUGUAAAUACGUAAUGAGACCAAAAUGAGUUCCGCCAUUAUUUUGCGGCCCCCUAUAAUCCAUUCUGCGGCUAGAUGUAUUCCCAAAUCUCACAAUAGCUGCUUGAAAUCAGAUCACAUGCAUACUAAUGUAAGACAUAAUUGAAAAUUAUAGCUCAAUAAAAUAUGCAGUGUC